AGUUAGGGCUCAAGCUGCUUGCUCUUUUGUGCCUCUGCAAAAAUCGGCCAUGGGGAAGCCUCGCGGAAUCCGAACGGCGCGCAAGAUGCGGGUGCACAGGAAGGAAGCCUUGUGGGCUGACAAGGACUACAAGAAGGCGAACCUGGGCACCAAGUACAAGUGCAACCCGUUCGGAGGCACCUCCCACGCCAAGGGCAUCGUGGUGGAGAAGAUCGGCAUUGAGGCGAAGCAGCCCAACUCGGCCAUCCGCAAGUGCUGCCGCGUGCAGCUGAUCAAGAACGGGAAGAAGAUCGCAGCCUUCGUCCCCCGGGACGGGUGCCUGAACUUCAUCGACGAGAACGACGAGGUGCUGAUCUCCGGGUUUGGGCGGCGCGGGCAUGCGGUGGGUGACAUCCCCGGGGUGCGAUUCAAGGUGGUGAAGGUCGCGGGCUGCGGCCUGGGCGCGCUGUACCGGAACAAGAAGGAGAAGCCGCGCUCGUGAGGCGGUCAUCGGAACACCCGUGAGGUUUUGAGGGAGAGCCGGUGUUUGAGACAGGCAGCUUGUGCGUUAGCCUCCACUCCAGGAAAGCACUUGGGAGAGUGGCCACGGAUACAAAGCGCUGCCCGGGUUCGGGCACCAGCAGCUACACACCCAUGCAGAGUGCCUCUUUGGGGCACGGCUUUUCAUGGAACG